AACUUACAAGCAUAACAAGAUACUCGACAGUUCAUCUAUCCAAUUUGAAUUCAUCGCCGGCAAGUUAAUCAUCCCGUCAUUUUCUAUCUCCUCAUCUCAGUAUAACCCCUGAAUUUCCAAUUCGGCAACAAUUGAAAGCUGAUUUGGAGUGAAAGUACUGCAAUGGCGGCGAAACAAAUGGAAGAAAUUCAAAAGAAGUUGACAAUGUUGAAUUAUCCACGAGCUAAUGCGCCUGCUCAGUCUUUACUUUUCGCUGGAAUGGAACGUUAUGCGCUUCUUGAAUGGCUUUUCUUCAGGUUAUUGGGCGACAAGUCACCAUUCUCUCAACAAAAUCUGCAAGGAGAUGGUGUUGAUCGUGACGAAGAGACUUCUCGCAUUCAAUAUUUGGCAGAAAUUGCCAAGUUUCUUGGAAUUACAACAGUAGUGGAUACAGAGGUCAUCCAAGGACGUGGAAGUUAUGAAGACAGAACAGAAAUGCUUAGGCUUAUAGUAGAUCUUGUUGAAGCCAGCAUCUAUGCUGAUAACCCUGAUUGGAGUGUUGAUGAACAAGUGAUGAAGGACAUACAACUAAUUGAUGCCAUUGCGGAAAAACAAGCGCAAAUUUUUUCUGAAGAGUGUAAAUUGUUUCCUGCAGAUGUGCAGAUUCAAUCCAUAUAUCCAUUGCCAGAAAUUUCGGAUUUGGAAUCAAAAUUAUCAGAGCUAUCAAAAAAACUCCUGACUCUCCAACAAAAUGUUGAUGAUUUGGCAUCAAAGCAUGCUUAUAAUCCUGAUGAAGAUUAUGCAGAAGCAGAAAGAAAGCUACGUUCACAUUUGCAGUCUUUUCUAGAAACAGCCAGAUCUUUCAAUGUGAUUUAUACUAAGGAGAUACGCCCUUGGACGCACAUGAUGGAGGUACCUCAGCUUCAUGGUUUCGGUCCCGCAGCAAAUAGGUUACUAGAAGCCUAUAAAAUGUUGUUGAAGUUCCUAGGAAACUUGAGGAAUCUUCGAGAUUCACAUGAUGCAGUGAAGGCUGGGUCAUCCGAGACAGUUAAUGGUGAACCUUCUUCUGUUGUGAGGAUAAUAUCUGAGUGUGAGUCUUCUCUCACACUGCUGAAUCGAGAUCUAGGUAUACUUUCUGCUUCCAUUGCUCGUGAACGGGGUGAACUGACUUCAUAGGCCUCCAGUACAACUUGUAUACUGCUUUAUUCAAAAGUCUGUGUAUAGUGUUUGUGUAGUUUAGUAUUGAUUUUGAGUGUUGAGGGCUCGAGGCCAUUGUUGUGACACAUAACACGCACCAUUACAAAUUCUAUGUAUUUGUACUUCCAUGAAACUGAUCUUGAACCCCUUGUAACUUUGGUUUUCGGUAAAAGCUCUUAUUUAUGACAACAUAUUUUCGCUUCACA